AUGGGCUGCAGCCCAUCCAGUCCUCGUCACGAACUCGACCAUUUCGUUUCUCUCGUGGAGCCCCGUCUAAUCCUCACAGUUGCGUCCGCACUGUCCGUCGUGCGCGAUGUUUGCACCAACAAAGGGAUCUCCUGGAGCCAAAUUUGCCUCGUCGACGAUCAAUCGGUCGAUCAUCUCGUGUCAUUCGCCCAGAAUCAGUCUUACAACCCGCAGGCCACGCCGCCAGUCCGGGAUGAGGGAGUCCAUUUCGACCUCAAGGAUAUGGUCUCCUUCGGGGAGAGCGACUGGAUGCGCAUUUACGAUGAAGCCACGGCAAGAAUUACACCUGCCGCCAUGUUCUCGACCAGCGGCACCAGCGGGCUGCCCAAAGCGGCCAUUCGCACUCACCAUACUAUCAUCUCUCACCAUCAAACAGUCCACUACGAUGUCCCAUAUCCCGUCACGCGACUAAUGGCUCUGCCCAUGUCCCAUUCCUUCGGAGACUUCUGGUCCAAUCUGUUUCCAAUUCGCUAUGGCCAUCCCCUGUACGUCAUGCCGCGGUUCGACUUGUCUACGUUUCUCAAUGUUGUUCAUCGCUACAACAUCACAGAGACCUACCUGGUGCCAGCGAUGGUACACAUUCUCAACCAGUCCACCCUCCCUGUCCGCGAGAGUCUCGGCUCUUUGUUCUACAUCGGUGUCUCUGGGGCUCCCAUUGAUGCGGAUUCCUUGCAGCGAUGCCAGAAGUUGCUCAACCCGCAGGCCUGCAUCGGACAACUCUGGGGUAUGACUGAGGUGGGUGUUAUCUUUCAGAACCGUUACGGUGACCAGCGGUAUCCAGGAAGUAUUGGGAAACUCUUGGAAAACUAUGAUAUCCGCCUGGUCCGGCUGGACGAUGGGACAACCAUUCACGGGGAAUCUACGCCAGGAGAGCUGUAUGUUCGUGGUCCAGGGAUCAUGCUCGCCUACCAGGGCCGCGACGAUGGCAUCGAUGCCCAGGGCUGGUUUCGUACAGGUGACAUAGCCUACAGUGAGGACGAGCAUUAUCAUAUUGUUGGGAGGACUAAGGAGCUCAUCAAAGUACGAGGGUAUUCCGUCGCUCCCGCCGAGAUUGAGGCAGUUCUUCUGAAAGAUCCUCGGGUGCACGAUACGAUGGUGAUCGGCAUCACCCUGCCGGACGGCAGCACCGAGGUCCCUAGGGCGUAUGUGGUAUGUGCACUUGGGCAGGCUAGACCCACGGCGGACGAGGUCUCAGCGCUCGCUCUAAAGAAUCUUGCUAGUUACAAGGCCUUGGACGGUGGGGUGAUUUUCGUGGAAAGUUUGCCCCGAACAGGGAUCGGCAAGCCCCAUCGCUCCAAACUAUCGCAUUUGGAUGCACAGCGAACAAAACUGGCUGCAUUGCUGUCGCCUGUUUAG